UGUAUAACUUUCAUCAUUUUUCCGAUACUGGAAGCGUAAAUAAGCAUUUACGCUUUCGGUACCCCCGCUCGUCAAACAUUUUUCCAUCCAAUUUAUUGCUGUUGUCUGCAUUGAAAUGAUAAUAAUUGUCUAUCACGAAUGAGCGAACUGUAGUGUCAUCGAUUUUAUUGAUCUUGCAUCUCGAUACGAGGACGGAAUCAAUUUAACGUAGCAUUCUCAACAUUAACUUGCGAUACGACGGUGGAUUCGAGGGUGGCAUGCCGCGUAUCGGAAUUAGUGAAUUAAUGUUCCGCAAUACGUAGCAGGGAAGGAACCCGUCGCGGCUGCUCGACUCGCGUUUCCAUUCACGUCCCGUCUGCUUCUAUCUGUCGUUUCUAGCGAACGGUUUAAAAAUGGCUGCAAUUCCAACGGUCACUUUCUCCAACGGACACAAAAUGCCGAUGUUGGGCCUCGGCACUUUCAAGUCCAACAAGGGGGAGGUGGGUGAAGCUGUGAAGGAAGCGAUAGGUCUUGGAUAUCGACACAUCGAUACAGCUUUCUUUUAUGAUAACGAAAAGGAGAUCGGGGAAGCUAUUCGCGAGAAGAUCAAAGACGGCACCGUGACCAGAGAGGAUUUGUUUAUCACUACAAAGCUGUGGAACACCUUUCACAAGGAGCACCUUGUCGUUCCGGCCUGCAAACAAUCAUUGGUCAACCUUGGCUUAGAUUACCUAGAUCUUUAUUUACUUCAUUGGCCAUUUGCUUUUAAGGAAGGAGAUGUUAUGUUACCGACGGAUGCCAAUGGAAAACUCAUCGACUCAGAUGUCGACUAUGUGGAAACGUGGAGGGGAAUGGAAGAAUGCAUCCGCCAAGGUUUAACCCGCAGUAUUGGGAUCAGCAAUUUCAACUCGGAGCAAAUAACCCGUCUGCUCGAAUCGGCUAAAAUUGCCCCAGUCAACAAUCAGUUUGAAGUCAACAUAAACAUGAACCAGGAGAAAAUGAUAGACCUUUGCAAGAAACGCAACAUGACCGUAACGGGUUACUGUCCUUUGGGACAGCCUGGAAAUCCAUUAGGAAUCGGAAACAGAUUAGAUAGCCCCGUAAUUUUGCAAAUUGCAAAAAAGUACAGCAAGACUCCCGCACAAGUGGCUCUUCGAUACGUGUUCCAACACGGAGUCACUCCGAUACCAAAGUCCGUGACUAAGAGUCGGAUUAAGGAAAACAUGGAAAUUUUUGACUUUGCAUUGACCGCCGAUGAAAUAAAUGCUAUUCGAAAGCUUGGUACUGGCGAGAGAAUAGCUAUCUUUAAUGCAGCAAAGCAUUGCAAGAACUAUCCUUUUAGCAUUCCAUUUUAAAAGAAAUCAAUGCGUACAUGUAUGGGUAUGUGUGCCUGUGAUUUACAAUUCCAUAAAAAAGGAUACAAGGCGAGAAAAACUGUGGUUUGUUGCGGGAAACAUUUUUCUCAUUUACAACUUAAGUGUACGUGAUUCAAUCCGAAAUCUGAAAUUGUGUUAAAAUCUUGCAAUAAGAAUGGCAACACGCGAAUAUUAUAAAAUUAUCAUGUUUUCUUACGAAAUAUACUUUAAAGACACGUAUAA